UUUUAUGGUGAGGCACAUCUGAUCAAAUAUUUGGUCAUUUUCACCCGCAAGCGUCGUCGUGUAAACAGGGCGUCAAAUUAGCAUUUGUAAGGUAAUUUUGUCUUGUUAACUUAGGAAGGUUUCUUCAGAACAGUUGUAACAUAACAGUGGUUUAAAAAUUAUAAGGGUUUGCUUUUUGAUCUCAAUGAAGUGUGUUAAUAGGUUUGGAGUUGCUCAGAGAAGAUUUGACUGAUUGAAGACUGUGAUUUCAUUAAAAUGCCUUGAAAUUCUCACACAAUAUCUCACACAAAAAUAUGUACGUGCCCGAUUGUGGGUCCAGGACGCAAUCCAUACCUGUGAUUAAACGUUGAUCAUUUGAUAAUAACAACUUGGGUAUCGCAUAACACAUAUGCUGAUGAAACAGCGCCCCUUGGCGGCUCAGUAAGAGAAUGUCGUCCGGACUAUAACCCCCCCGCCCCCUCCCACCACAAGACGGAAGAAAACAAUACCCACACCAUCUCGAUUGUUAAGACAAACCGAUCGAAAGCUUUUAUUGAAAAUUAUUCUUUUAUUACUUCGCUAUUCGCAUUAUGAACCACACGUAUAGGUCGGAUCUAGUAUGAACUACGAAGUGUUUAACGAGAGCGCAAAGACGAUCUCACACACACACAAAAGAUCGCGACGAAAUCUCCAAGCUGCAGGCGUAGGAGCACCAUAUUGUGCAAGAUAGCUUUCAGAGUCUGACCUCAAACCGAAGCUGGUUUAAUUUACAACAUGAGUGACAUCGGGGACGUGGAAAGUGCCCCGGGGACAUCUGGAUGUGGCAGCCGGACCGGACUGGGGUUCGCCCUGGGGAGGGGGCAUCCAGGACGCCUCACGGGGCUCUCCUCCCCCGUACCACCAGGAAGACUGACAUCUCUGAAAUCCAGAGACCUCACCUUGGGCGGACUAAAAAAGCCAAAGAAAAUCUUCGAGCCAAACGUAAAAGCUGUUAGGAAAAGUAAAGACGAGCUACAAGACGAAAGUAAGGAGGUGCCGAAGAAGGAGAGAAGGAAACGAGAUGAGAAGCAAAGAGAGAGCCGAGGGAGGAGGAGAGAGAGACCCCAGACCAUCCAGUCUCACUCCAUCUUUGAACAAGGACCCGCCGACACCAUGCGCAAAAUAGCGUGGCGGGGGACCCCAGAUCUUGGCGAGGCCGCAGCGUCACCUUUGGGGAAGGCGGUGAAGAAGGAGAGAAGGGAGUCGGAGCAGGAUGAAGAUGAGAUGCUGUUUAGACUGCAGCGUGACGACGUGAGUAGACACUCUCUCCUGCUAGACAUAGACACAAACAUUCACAACACAUCCACGCCUCCAGGUACAAAGAUGGCGCUGAAGUUCCUGAAGAAGAAGACGACAAAGCUGAAGUCCUUCCUGCGGGAGUACAGCGUGUCGCUCUACCUGUCGCCAUGCCCCUUCGUCAUCAACAUGUUCGGCAUCGCAUUCGAGACGGACGACUACUACGCCUUCGCCCAGGAGUACGCCCUGGCCGGGGACCUGUUCGACAUCAUCCCUCCCUAGGUGGGUCUGCCGGAGGUGGUGGCUAAGCGUUGUGUGCACCAGGUGGCCAUCGCUCUGGACUACCUGCACGGCAAGAAGCUGGUCCACCGGGACAUCAAGCCCGAGAACGUCCUCAUCUUCGACCGGGAGUGCCGCAAGGUCAAGCUGUCCGACUUCGGCAUGACCCGCCGGGCUGGCUCCCCCGUCAAGCGGGUGAGCGGCACCAUCCCCUACACCGCGCCGGAGCUGUGCGACAUGUCCCGCCACGAGGGCUUCUGCGUGGACUACAGCACCGACGUGUGGGCCUUCGGCGUGCUCCUCUUCUGCAUGCUGACGGGCAACUUCCCCUGGGAGAAGGCGCUGCCCUCAGACUCCUUCUACCAGGAGUUUGUGCGCUGGCAGCAGCGCCGCCGCAUCUCCGCCCUCUCCAUCUCCCUCUCCUCCUCCUCCUCCUCCUCCUCCUCCUCUUCCUCCGUGCCGUCCCAGUGGCGGCGGUUCACCGAGCAGGCGCUCCGCAUGUUCCGCCGGCUCCUGGCGGUGGAGCACGAGCGCCGCUGCUCCGUCAAGGAGGUGUUCGCCUACUUCAGCCACUCCUGGAUGCUGGACAGCGACAGCAACAACAACAACCACCACAACGUCAACGUCAACAACAGCAGCAGCCACGGCAACAGCAGCAGCAGCAGCAGCAACGGCAGCCGCGGCAACGCCCACGCCCACGCCCACGGCAACGGCCAUAGCAACGGGGUGGUGGUGGUGGUGGGGGGGACGGGCAAAGGGGUCGGAGGUCACGGAGGGAGCGGGGAGGGGGAGAGGGAGAGGGGAAGGGGGGGCGCCAUCUCGUCCGCCUCUUCGUCAGGGGAGGAGGAGGAGGAGGUGCUGGUGGAGAGGAUGAGGCAGCAGACCCUCUCCCCGCUCUCCCCGCUCUCCCCCGCGGUGACGGUGGACAGAGGAGGAGGAGGCAACCUGGGGCCCAAGGGUGUGGCGAUGGAGCCUGGAGGAGGUGGAGGUGGAGGUGGAGGAGGAGGAGGAGGAGGAGGAGGAGGAGGAGGAGGACACCACCACUUUGUGUCCGUGUCCACCAACAGCUCCGUGUCGUCCACCAACAGCUACGAGCGCGUCCCGCGGGAGAACGGCUCACCGGGCGGACACAUGCUGGUCACCACGCCCAUUGAGAUCUGUGUCUGACGACACACACACACCACACAUGCACACACACAUACACACCGAAACAUCACACACCCACACCAACCACAGAAACACAGACACACACACGUACAAAGAUAAACACUCACACCACAAACACACCCACCACACACACACACACACACACGCCUACACGUGAUGCAAACUUUUAUACCACUUCCGAACCCCUUGCAUGUACUCAAAUGAUUGCAUGUCAGCACAAACAAACACACAUACAAAGAAAGCCGACAAACAUGAACACAUGGAUGACCUAUACCUUUACAAGAAGUACGGAAGUAAUUUGAAGGAUGAAUGGAUGAAGGUUGUGAUACCUGAUGAACACCAAGCGAGCUGUCUUUUGUCUACUUUGAGAAGCAAACAGUGACGUCGCUGGCGUUGACUGAGUUUCCUCCACAUAAUGAACUGCACUAGUAAGGAGAGGGACACACCAGCGGGACUCUGGGAGUGCUAAGGAUGUUUCUCUUCAGCCAAUACGGUCGGGAAACACAAGAGAAUCGAACGACUCCAAUUCGCUUCCAUUGAAAAAUUCUGCAACAAAAAAAUGUGUUGGGGGGGGGAAAAAAAGAGCAAAUCGUGUUUCCUAAAGCAAUAUGUUAAGCAAAAAAAAUAAAUAAUAAUAAUUAAACGAAGACAUUGAUGGGGAUGCGAGGAGGUGUCGUUUUGAAGAAGCCACGUGUCGCCCAGACAUUCUGUUCGUUAGUCUCUGUUAAGCUAUAAACUCCAACAUGGCUUCAGUGAAAACUGGAGUUUCAACAUUCAACACAUUUAACAAUAUGUAUAUAUAUAUAUAUAUAUAUAAACAGUAUAUAUAUACAUAUAAAUAAAUAUCGCUGUUCAUUGAGUAUGAAUGAUUCAAAAUGGUGCGCGUGUUUCUCUUAAUUCCAGAUCCUUAUUUAUUUUAAAACAAUCGUACAAUUUCCAAAUUCUAUUUUUGUUCAGCUACCAGCUUUGUAGAGCAGCUUGUGUUGACUUCCUGUCUUUGUUAUUUGGCGGGUGUAUUUGGCGUGUGCCAACAUGGUGUACAAUAGUUUGGUUUGUUUCUGUACAUACUUGAACCUCUUGGAUGUACACAUCACAUUGGGGGUGCUAAAGGCGUGGGUCAGGGAGCAGAGGGGGGAAAGGGCAGAGGAGUGAGAUUAAGAAGGAGGAGGUGAACUGUUGGCUGAACCGUGUCCUAACGCGGUCAACAGGCUCAUGAUGACUUUGUUUCUGCUUCUCGGACUCAAACAUAUCUACUUCAUGAAUCUACUUCAUGGAUCUAGUUAAUGAAAGUACUUCAUGGAUCUACUUCAUGAAUGUACUUUAUGGAUCUAAUCCAUGAAUUUACUUUAUGGAUCUACAGUACUUCAUGGAUAUAUUUUGUGGAUCUGCUUCAUUGAUCUACUUCAUGGAUCUACUUCAUGAAUGUACUUCAUGGAUCUACGUGGUGCAUCUACUUCCCUGAUCUACUUCAUGGUUGAACGGCUGCUCUCUCCACAUGACCACGUCUGGUCAUUUUAUGUUUGUACAGAUUGUCCUUUUUUUCAUGUUCAUGGAAGUAUUAUCUGAGAGAAAAUAUAAAUUUGAAGGAAAUGCUAGUUUAGCAAUUAUGAUUUAACUUGAAAAAAACAACAACUCUUUGAAGAUGUACUUUUUCUUUUUACAUAAAUGUGCAUGAUAAUUGACUCCAGAUCUGAACUGACCAAACUAAAAAAUAUUGAGAAAAACAAACAAAACCGAGAAAAAAAAGAAAACUGUACAAUAUUGUGAUGUGGAAUUUUGCCGUAGCACAAUUACAUUAUUUUAAUGUUACAUGACUGUCCUGACUGAUAAUAACUGUUAUGGUAUACUGGGACAGCGUAGUGCUAAAAAAAGACUUCAACAGCUAAUUAGUUUGGGUCCAAUGUGAUGUAUUUGUACGCUCUUAAUGUUGUGUGUUCAUUUCAACACCUGCGGGAAGAGGAAAACAUUUCUUUAGGCUAAGCAUGAAAGAAAUUGUGUAUGGCGCGUAGUAGGUACUAUAAAAACAUGGCACUAGUUUUUAAUUUCCACAUUUCGAGGAGCUAUAGCUGUAGAUCCAGUUUUCAAAGUAAAGAGAUUUCCCUGAAUCACAACAGUGAAAAUGCCGUAGUGGACAAUUCCAUGGUUUUGGAAAAAAUAAAAGUCCUGCCAUGCUUUGGUUUUAUCCAUGAUAUUCAACGAAAUGCAGAGGACUUUUACUUUGAAAAACCGGAAGUCGUACCUGUGAUAAUAGGCAAGAACAACAUGUUGCAAUUUCCAGAAAUUAUUUGCAUGAAGGUGUAUGUUCUAAAGCUCUAUUUAUAUAUAAAAAAAAAUGCUGCUAAGCUACACAGCACAGUAGGUCACUCCUUACUGUGUAGUUCAAAGA